UCGCUCCGAAAGCAGCAGAUAGAGGGAGUCUGCGCUCGGCCGCGCCGCGAUCGCUGCACUGGGAAAAACAUGGAGUCGGCGCCGGCAGCCCCCGAGCCCGCCGCCAGCGAGCCGGGCAGCAGCGGCGCCGCCGACGCCCCGCCGAACCCCGAGCCGGCCCGCAGGAGCGAGGCGCCCGCCGCGGCGCGCAGGCAGAGCUACGCGGGCGCCCACCGAGGCUUACCCAUGUCAAUGUCCAUUGAGAGGACUGAGAGAAGGGGGCAUGAUGCAGGUAUCUCCGUAACGAAGAAGACGCAUACAUCUCAAAUUGAAAUUAUUCCAUGCAAGAUCUGUGGAGACAAAUCAUCAGGAAUCCAUUAUGGUGUCAUUACAUGUGAAGGCUGCAAGGGCUUUUUCAGAAGAAGUCAGCAAAGCAAUGCCACCUACUCCUGUCCUCGUCAGAAGAACUGUUUGAUUGAUCGAACCAGCCGGAACCGUUGUCAGCACUGUCGGUUACAGAAAUGCCUUGCCGUGGGGAUGUCUCGGGAUGCUGUGAAGUUCGGCCGGAUGUCCAAAAAGCAGAGAGACAGCCUGUACGCAGAGGUGCAGAAGCACCGGCUGCAGCAGCAGCAGCGAGACCACCCGCAGCAGCCAGGAGAGGCAGAGCCACUGACGCCCACCUACAGCAUCUCGGCCAAUGGGCUCACGGAGCUGCAUGACGAGCUGAGCACCUACAUCGACGGGCACACCCCGGAGGGCAGCAAGGCCGACUCUGCCGUCAGCAGCUUCUACCUGGACAUACAGCCCUCCCCGGACCAGUCAGGUCUGGACAUCAACGGGAUCAAACCGGAACCCAUCUGCGACUACACGCCCGCAUCAGGCUUCUUCCCCUACUGCUCCUUCACUAACGGAGAGACCUCCCCAACGGUGUCCAUGGCAGAGCUAGAACACCUUGCACAGAAUAUCUCUAAAUCACACCUGGAGACUUGCCAGUACUUGAGAGAAGAGCUCCAGCAGAUCACGUGGCAGACUUUCCUUCAGGAGGAGAUUGAGAACUAUCAAAACAAGCAGCGGGAGGUGAUGUGGCAGCUGUGUUCCAUCAAGAUCACGGAAGCGAUACAGUACGUGGUAGAAUUCGCCAAGCGCAUUGAUGGGUUCAUGGAGCUGUGUCAAAAUGAUCAAAUUGUGCUUCUCAAAGCAGGUUCUCUGGAGGUGGUAUUUAUCAGAAUGUGCCGUGCCUUUGACUCUCAGAAUAACACCGUGUACUUUGAUGGGAAAUACGCUAGUCCUGAAGUCUUCAAAUCCUUAGGUUGUGAAGACUUCAUUAGCUUUGUAUUUGAAUUUGGCAAGAGUUUAUGUUCUAUGCAUCUGACUGAAGAUGAAAUUGCAUUAUUUUCUGCAUUUGUACUGAUGUCAGCAGAUCGCUCAUGGCUGCAAGAAAAGGUUAAGAUAGAAAAACUGCAACAGAAAAUUCAACUAGCUCUUCAACACGUCCUACAGAAGAAUCACCGAGAAGAUGGAAUACUAACGAAGUUAAUAUGCAAGGUGUCUACAUUAAGAGCCUUAUGUGGACGACAUACAGAAAAGCUCAUGGCAUUUAAAGCAAUAUACCCAGACAUUGUGCGACUCCAUUUUCCUCCAUUAUACAAGGAAUUGUUCACUUCAGAAUUUGAGCCAGCAAUGCAAAUCGAUGGGUAAACGUAUCACCUAAGCACUUCUCGAAUGUCUGAAGUACACACGUGAGAAUCAACGACAAAAAUUAACCGAGACACUUUCUAUGGCCCUGCACAGACCUGGAGCGUCAGCACACUGCACAUCUUUUGGUGAUGGGGUCAGGCAAAGGAGGGGAAACAAUGAAAACCAAUAAAAGUUGAACUUGUUUUUCUCAUGCAUAUGAUUUCCAUUCUGCCUACAGAUAUGGACCCUUUUUGUCUCAGCUUCUUGACCGUUGGCCUCUGUUUACAACAGAAGGAGGGUACUAAACUUGGAGGAUUUCCUUUCUUGUAGCUCACUGCCCACAGACUUUCCACAGAGUCACCAAUCUGUCGGUCAUCACAGAACCCAGCGAUAACUGGUGGCUGGUGUGCAGAGCGGAGGCUGCGGCGUCACUUUGCACAACUUGCUCUUUGGUUCAUGAAGGAAGUUUUCGUUCUUUUCACCGAUUAUUGCCAGUCAUCAGGAUGGCAUGAAAGGGUCCAUAGCACUAGCAACAAUAGCAUUAUAAUAUAUUACAGGGUAAAUGGGCAUGAAGACUAUAUAUAGCUAAAAGAGAUAUUGUUUAUAUAUUGUUUUAAUUAAUAUAAAAAUGUAGUUACUGGUGUAGCUUUUCCUGUUGAAUUGAUAAGGCACUUUCGUUUUGCACCUUUUUCUUUAAAUUAAAUGCUAGCGUGCUCACUGUCAUGUUGUAUGUGCACCAGAAACACAAGUUUAACUGAGAAGGCUUGGAAGGUACAUUGGGAGGUAUUUAUGCUGCUGUUUACAAAAUCACUUUUAAAAGUCUGGCUGGUCAUAUCUAGAAAUCCCAGUGUUGGAUUUUGUUUUUUAAGCCCAUGAAUUUGGAAUGAAAAUGAAAACUAGAACUCUCCCUAAAUUUGCUUUGUGGUCAUUUAAAGGAUAGAUGUGUUUAUGCUUCAUCGUGCACCCGAUUUUUGAAAAGCUUUUGAAAAUGCUGCCUGGUGAGGGCCGCGGGAGGGCUCCUCCACACCCUCUGACCUUGCAGGGCCCUAGCUCCACCUAGAAUUCUUAUGCUUUGGAAGCAAAUCAGUAACCAGAAUAUUUGUGGGAAAUCUGACUUUCAUUCUAUAAAGGACUCAAAGAUUGUAUGAGGGGAGGGGAGAGGGCAAACCUAUGUGAGGACUGAAAGCAUUUACUUGCAUGGAUGUUUGUGUUCUUGGCAUAAUCUGGGAACUCUGAGAGUUCAUCUCAGAGGGAAACUAGUUCUAGACUAGCUGCCUGUAGAGACUUGACUCCUAGAAGUUCACUCUCCGAACUUCAUGGACUGGGUCUUGGGCUGGGGGUGGGGGGCGGAGGGAAGCCCCCAGUGCUGAACCAGUUUAUCUUAUUUAAAUAUUGACUGUGUUAAGCCUCUGAAGUGAAGUUGAUGCUAGCUGCGAAAUUGACUAUUGUAUUUAUCUUCACUAGAAAACUGUGGACUAUAAUUUAUUUUAAGUAUUUAGAAGAUUGUUAGGCCUUUGUAUGCAGGUGAGAAAUAUGGAGGUUUUUUGUUUGUUUGUUAUUUCACUUGUUAAAUUGUCUUGUUAAGUUGUUUUGAUUUUAUUUUCUAAAGAAUUCCCAGUGAGGAGAGAGAAGGAGAAACAGGUUGGUGUUUUAAUGGAGGCAGCCUUUGUGCAGGGAUGGGGGGUGUUCAUCCCAACGGCUGCUCUGACAUCAAAGAGACUCUGUUUAUACACAAACAGGAAACUCUUAGGAGGUAAAGGUGGGGGUGCCCAAGCUUCCCCACGAACGGUGAGAUUCCUUUACCACAGGGUCCCCCAUGAAUCUUGCAUGGAAUGUGCCCCCAUGUCUGAUCCCCAUGCAGCUCCCCAGAGUCUUACUUCUAACCCCACUGGCCUUCCAACGUACUGCCUACCGAACGUGGAAGAAGGGAUGAAAUUAGUUAUAUAGAAGUGUGUAUGAAGCCUAAAUAACAUCUAAAGCUUUUUCUUUUUUCAAAAAAUAUAUAAGGGUUUAACCAUCAAUAGAUGAGAGUAAUAUUUACUUAAAUUUCUUACAAGGACAGAAAACUUUAAUGUGCUUAUGUAAAGAGGCAAAUAUCAGCAUAUAGUAUUUAUAUGUGGGCAAGAAGGGUUGAAUCAGAUUUUAAUUUAAAUAAGCAGAGGUCCUUCAAAGAUCAGUAGUAUUUAUAUUCAGUAAGAAGCACCAAGCUUAUUUCAGUUAUUUAUUUGUGCUCUUUCCCCACUAUUGUUUCUUUGUAAGAGGAAAAUGGUGUGUUUUUUUUCCUUGGGUUUUAUGGGAGAUUUUCUUGGGGGGCCGGGGAGGGAGUCAUUUAGAUUCUCUAAAUUUGGGAUGCUUUUAUUAAAGUCUAUUAACUUCUUUUUAACCAAAGCUUUCUGAAUAUGACCAGCCUCAGGUGCUAGUGCAUUAAAGAGCAACUAAACCUAAUUCCAGUGUCCAUUUGUGAGAGAAGAGCUCCUUGAACUUCUCUUAAGGGUGAGAGAGAACACAAUGCAGAACUUAAAAUAAAUUAUUUUUUCCCAAGAAAAGAAUUUGCAUGUAACCCAAUGCAAACAAACAAACAAAAAAAAAAGAGCAAAAAUUCAGAAAAAAAAAAAACGCUCUACUGCCAGCAAUAAUAAUGUUGUGGUGGCAUUGCUCUCAGAGUAAACCAAGAUGCAUUGACAUGAUGCUGCUGCCAGGUCUUUAUGGAAGAGGAGCAGGGUGCGGACUUCUAAGGGCAAAGCUCACAGGUGUGAAAGAAUAGAAUAGUAGAUGUGUGCUCAGUGAUUUGAGGGAACAGCGAUUAUUUGGGUGAGGGUUGAAGUCUGAAGUUAAAAAUAAAUUCAAUUGCAAACAACAUGGGGUCCAGAAAAGGAGGUAGGGGAAAAAUGGCAUUUUUAUUUUCCUCUUUAUUCUAGAACUUUGUGAUGACAUGGAUACCGGUGAGGCCAGAACAAUCAUUCUUAAUAGUUUUUAUAAUUAACCUUUCCUAAUCUUAAAUGUCCAGUAGGCUUUUAAUGAUUGGUAUCACAUCAUUACUAUCCUGGCCGCUAUAACGCCUUUUAUACAAUAUUUUUACAUAGGGUAAAUAAGGCUUUUGUAUAAAAAGAAUGCUUUUAGUCACAAUGGUGUCCAAAUGGUUGCAUUGUUUCAUGAAGAAACUGGCCUUGGUCACAAUGAAAACAAAAGUGCAGAUGAAAGUGCUUUUUUGGACAGUUUGCAAAUUGUGUUAAAGCUAUGAUUUUGGGUUUGUUUUGUUUGUUUUUGUUUUUUAAGUAUUCAGCAUCCAAUUUGAGUUAAAGCUAUGGAUAUUUUUUAAAAGUCUUCAGCAUCCUAAUUCACCCUUCCUAACUUAAGGAAAACUUGACUUUUAAGACACUGCUUCUAAGUUUGGUUGUUCUUUAUAGUGGGGAUACCCAGAUUUCUGUGAGCAUAGGGGGUGGGCUGAGGGUCAAGUAAGGACGGAGCGAGCGGUGUGUGUGUGUGUAUGUGUGUGUGUGUGUGUGUGUGUGUAUGUAUGUGUGUGUGUGGUAUUCAUAUGUACAAGAUGUGUGUUUCAGACCGCUUCUAGGCUACUAAGUGUCAAUGGAAAAGAAAAAUGUAUUCAAAAUAAGUAAAUCAAAACUAGAAGAUGGGAGAAAAAAGAUUUAUUCUAUACAAAGCCUUGUCUGGACCACUUUAGAGAGACUUCUAUUUUUUUAACCCUUCUAUAAAUAUUUGAUGGCACUUGAAAUAUUCCUGCAAUAAAAUGUGAUUUGUGUAAAGAAAAAAAAAGAUUUUGUAAUGUGAAACAAAGAAAGAAAGUAAUGUAAUUUUCUAAAAAAAAAAAUACAAACAAACAAACUUUGUAUUAUUUUCUUGAUGGAAUUUGUCUAUCUGUCUUUAGGAGACUUUUUAUUUCAUUGAAUGUGCCAUAGUAGAAAUAUAUGUUUUUAGUUUUAGAGUAAGGAAUAGAUAUUUGUGUUCCGACAUUCCAAAAUGCAAAACAACCUAGUAGAAUCUUAAAUGAAAAGGUUUCAGUAGGAUGUAAGCUUCUCUCAUCGUUGCUUUUUUGCACAUGUUCUGCAUUCCUCUCUAGUGCAAUAUGUACAUAGAGCACUUGCGGGUGUACCUUGAUCCCUCAGGGAAAAAAUACAUAUUUGUAUAGUUGUUUUGUUUUUUUUUUCCUUUUGUUUUUUUGGCUAAGGAAUGUCGAUUGAAUCACGUUGAUUGAAUCACUUGUUCUUGUUGAGGGGCAGCCAGAUAAUAGUCCUAAAGCCACUGUUUCCAACAUUGAUUGUUGAAAUCAUGUGUCCUUCCAGCACUAUUAUUUAAAAAUAAUGAUAAUAAUAAUAAUAAAGCUAUUUUCUGACAGUUCUUUGUGCUGAUUGGUGAACAAAAAGGGUAAAUAAGCACCUUAUGAUUGACUUACUGUGAAUGACAAUCCAUCUUGAUAUCAACAAUAGAAACCCUAUCAUUUUGGAGUUGGGGUUAAGAGUCAGAAAUGAUGUGCUCAGGGAUCUCCUAAAACUCUUCAAACAGGGUGGCCAGUACUACUGGGACAAAUUGUGUUUUUUAGUGUUAAUGAUAAUAAAACUAUCCCGCCAAGGCACAAGUGAACUGUAGAGCUGCACAUGUGUGUCUAAGAUACUAAGAUACUCCUAACUAACAUCUCAUUUUGUUGAAUCUGAAACAUAUUGUUUUCCAGUCUCAUAUGGUUAAAAACCCUGAAUCACUUCUAUGGCAAUGCCAACUUAUAUCAGUCUGUUCAAAAGUUUCCUAGCAAUAGGGCAACCCCGAGAAAUUCUGCACUCGCCACUUACCAUGUCUCUAAUGACUAAACAGCCAUCAUCAAUCUGUGCUGUUCUCAUUCAAAACCUCUGUCACAUUCCACAUAUGAUGGGCAAAAGUUUAAAAAUCCAGUAAAGAUGAGAGCCUUGCCUACCAGCGCAGUGAGAGAGGUAAAAACUUUUUGAAUGUUUUUGGUUGUUGUUGUUUCUUUUAAUACCAGCAAAGAACUGUUAAUUUCACAUGUUCUACAAAAGUAAACCAGAACACAGACAAAAAAAUCCCUGAUGUAAAAUAAUGCUGCUUCCACCUUUGUAGUUCACAUAGGUCCUAGGAAAGCUAAUGUCUACAGAUUCAACUGCCUGUGUAACAGCAAUGUGAGCUGGAUUUUAGGGUUCAUUUUACACUUUUGAAAUAAAGUUUUGCUCUUCUAUUUCCAUAUAUUACUUUCUAUAAAGUCAGUGAAUCUCACUGUAAUUGCUGACUUUGAUGCUUCCCACAUGUGGAAUACAUUAUCAGAAGAAGCUUUUACAUAUUUUCUUAUUCCAUAAAGAAGCAUGAUUUGGAAAACUUUCCAUUUCUAUUAGAUGAAAAAUAAAUCGUUACCUUGGUUUUUAAUAUAUUCACAUAUAAAUGCAUAUAUAUCGAUUACUAAUCUUUAUAUAAUACAUACUAUUAUCACUCAUUUCUUACAAAGACAUGACACAAUAGAACCCUAUUUUAAAAAAUUAUACUGUAGACCAGAUUCUGUCUAGAAAAGCAAUUGCAACAAUAAAUCUUUAUGUACUACUAAUAGUCUAUGAUACAUCUUUAUUCUAUUCCCAAUCCCUUAUAUAAGAUUCCUCCAGGUUUAUUAGAGAGAUCAGCUUAUUUUUAUUUGUUUUAAAGAGAUGAGAAGGCUUCUCAUCAUUGUCUUUAUAAAGCAAUUGAUUUUGUUUCUGGAUAUGUUUCUUGGUGGGAGGUCAGUUUUGUCAGACUCUCAGAAGUGUUUUUAAAGUAAUCCGGAAGCUUGACUUCAUACCAAACAUUGUAGGAAUCUAUCUCCUUGUGUCACCACAUCCUCAGAACAUAGAGCAAUAAAUACGUUCUGUCAUUGAUUUCUUUAUAAAUGAAUGGCAGAAUAUCCGAUCCAAAUAGCAGUGCUUUCCCAGCAAUGCUAUAUAACAUGGAGUCUUGUGUUAAGAAAGUGAAUAUGAACAUUUUAACUAGAUGCCUAGAUUCCAUCUUUUCUGUUUACAUUUAGUGUAUUUGCCACAUUAGCACCUUCACACAUUUUUCCUUCUGAGAGCUAAUGCAAGGUAGCUCGCUAUCAGUGUGACAGUGCCACACAUGCCAUUCUGUUGCUAUGGAGCAACUCAGUUCUCUCCAGUGUUCAUUCUCACUCAUCAUUACUUUGUGUGGAUAAAUACUAUUUCUGAGAACUUGGUUAUCAUUAAGCAAAUUACAUGUGUAAAUAUAGAUUCUUCUUGAGCAAUAGAGUGAAAAUUAUUUCACACACACACAAAAAUCUGUAUGUACUGUACACAUCUUCCUGAAUCCAAAAAUUCGCUUUUUAUCCAUGGUGGUCUGAAAUCUCCUCUAAAACAGUGGUGUAUUUUUAAACAUUAGGACAUUAGCUGGCUGCUUCUUUAAAUGUAUCUGUGUUGUCUGCCUGCUCCUUUUAUGGAGAUGUGUUUUUGUAUUGGAUGUUUGAGCCAAUGGGAGGCUUCAAGCUACAACAUAUUUUCCCAGUUUAAAUAUAUUUAACAUAUGACAAACCCCAGACAAGGCUUUUAAUAUGUAUAAAGAACUGCAGUGUUAGGUGGUUUAUUUGCAAACCGUUUUCAAUGUUGUCCAUUUUUAUGGCACCUUUAACAAUAUUCUUGUUUCCAAAGUACAAAAAAAUAGGUUAAAUAAUCUAGCCAUAACUGAAUGUCAAGCAAUAAAACAAAUGACUUUUGUGCAUAGACUUAAAAAAGAUACAAAUUUUAGACAUCUGCAUGUAAAUGCAAUCUCUUGUUUACUGCUUUCUUCAACUUGAGCAAUUGAUUCCUUAUUUACUAUUAACUUAAGAACUUGUAAUGGCCUGUAAACAUUUUCUCUCUUACUCUUCUUUCAAAUUUACCUUUGUCCCUGCUUUUGAGUCAUAAUAUUUAAUGUCGUUCUGCACACCUCUAUACAGUUAACUUUUUGGCUUUCAUUCUGUAUAGAUAAGAAGAUGUUAUAUUAUAAACAGCCUACUCAGUGCAAAUAUUUAUCUGUUUAUCAAAUUCACAAUAUGCUGUAUAAUACUGGUUUUACUAUAUAAUCUAUUUUAGACAUAGCUGUUUAGAACUAGAGUGUGCUAUUUUUGUGUUUUUCUGAUGUGUGGUGCUAGAUAAGUUACUUUUGUGAACAAAAGAAAAUCCCUUUUAUUCCUAGACAAUACCACCUUUGGGUCUUGUUAAUUUCACUGAGUAUAAAUAUAUAUUUGUAUAUAUAUAUAUACACACACACACAUAUAUAUAUAUAUAUAUAUAUAUCUACCUGUGCCCAACUGGCAGCUGUAUCAGAGUGCUGGUUUUGGGACAUGCUUUUCUCUUUAAAAACAUACUCUCAUUAUAUAAAUUAUUCUAGAGCAUAUUUAAUUAGGAUAAAAUUACUUCCUUAGUUAUAGAUAUUUGACAUCUAUAAGGUAAAUUUGUUUUAUAAAUCUGAGUAUGUGCAAAUGUAUUCACUUUUACAUAUAUUUUCCUUUAGGCCUUCAUCUCAUAUUUCCCAAGUUGAAAAAAUAAUUUUCCAAAAUUCAAGAUCCUAAAAAAGAUCUGAAUUUAAUGGGGCAAUACCUUUUUAAACAAAGAAAUAAUAUAUUGGCACUUGACAGUGUUGUAUACUUAGCUCCUAUUAUAGAAAUAGGCAAUUGUAUAAAAUAUCCCUGAUGGCUUGAUGACAUAGUAAGUUUUCCCCCUCCUACCUGAACCAGGAGAAUUAAGGAGACUGUUGGGUCAUAAAGCAAUCUCAAUAAAAGUUGUCCUGUUUUAAUCUGACAUCAACCAGUUCUGUGAACUGAGUGAAGGGCCUUCGUUUUAAAAGUAUUUUAAUAAUGAGUGUAGUUAAACCUUUUCACCCAUCCUCCCAAGACCUAUUGACAUUGCUAAAGGUACAUCAAAUAUCUAACUAAGGAUGUAGUUAACCUUAUUAAAUAUUGAUUAGAAUUGUUCUGUAAUAUUACUGAAUUUAUAAGAUCUUUAGCAAAGAUUUUUGAGCAAUUUAUAAAUAUAGAGCAAAUGUUUCUGUUUACUGCACUUUUUGUAAUUGAAAGCGAUAAAUUCUCAAGCCACGAUUCUUGGCUUUCAUGCACUGCAUAUUUACCCACAAUUCUAGACAUUUUCCAUUUUUAUGGAAGAGUUUCUGUCACCUUAAUUAUAAAUGUAAUCAUGUGGUUAAUGAGAGCUAAUGCUAAUAGUUAACCUUUUAAAGUAAAUGGGGUACAGUUUCAAGAGAAAUAUCUUUUAAUACAAAUCACAUCAUUCCUUAAUCCUUUGCUUAGAGAUUGGAAUCUUUUUUUUUCCUUAAGAAAAAAAAAAUGAGUACCUAAGCUUCUUGAGGGUUUGUGUCUCUUUGCUCUGCACAAUGGCCAAUACAUGUCACCAUUUGAUCAUUAUUGAAUGACAAGUCUGUCCCAAUAAAAAUUUUCCCUGGGUUGUUUUGGUAAAUUUAUAAAGUAUGCCAAGCCUUAUGGUUAACACUUUCUUCUACAAUCAACUAUUAAAGCCACAUCUAAAAAGACCACAUGAAAUGCUGAUUCUAAUUGUGUGUCGCUCUUGAGAAUUAAGCACACAAAUUUCACAAAACUCUGUGAGUAACAAACUGCGCCUUCUGUAAAUGUACAUGCAAGUUUGGAAACAGUAAUACUGUACCUAUAAAUAUAUACUGUAUGUUUUGUGUACAGUAUGUAAAACUCCUUUUCUGCCACACUAAAAAUGCAAGCCAUUUAUGGUAAUCUUAAAAAUAGUAUUGUACUAAAACUUUGCUAAUGAUCUUUAUUAGACGAUCAUCCAACUUUUCACUUACAUUGGGUUUUCUUUUCAAUUCACUCUGACAGUAGUCUGCUUAUUUCCAGCUGUUUGUUAUUUUAUCUUGUCCUGAAUAUAAAAAGAUAUUUUGAUUCAUUUUGUAAAUACAAACUGUAAAAAAGAGAGAUUUAAUGUUGUCUUUUAAAUACUCCAAUUUUCAUUCUAAUAUGAAUGUUGUUAUAUUGUACUUAGAAACUGUACCUUUAAUAUUACAUUACCUUUAUUAAAAGUGCAUUGAACACAUCAAUUUUAGAUGUGCUUUAUGUACUGUUAUCCUAUAAUAAAAUUUCAGCUUCUAAUGGAA